AUGAGUGUAUCAGAAGAUAAACCAAAACCAGCGAAAUUCCUUUUAAUUGGAGAAACAGGUACUGGUAAAAGUUUACUUGGUAAUUUCAUUUUAAAGAAGAAAGAUGAUAUUUUUAAAGUAGGUGAUACUACAAAAUCAGAAACAAAAGAAGCUGAUGUAAAAUCUGGAGAAGGAGAAAGAAGUGAUAAAGAAUUAAUUGAAUGGGGAGGAGGAUUAGAAUUAAUUGAUGAAGAAGAAAUCAAGAAAUUAAACGCUGAAUAUAAAGAAAUUCGAUUUGAAGAAAAAGAAGAAGAAGUUAAAAUAAUAAAAGAAACAGAAUCUAGUAUAACACGUGAAAUUAAUAAAAUCGGAAGAUGUAUUAAAACCAAAUAUAAUGGAGAUGAAAUAGAAGGUAAAUGUUAUUUAAUUAGUAGUAGAAUUGUAACAGAAAACAAAAGUAAACAAGAAGACAAAAAAGAAUCAGAAAAAUGGGGUUUUUGGAAAUGUGUAGUUGUCAUACCACUGGCUGUUGGUGGUGUCCUUGCUCUUGGUGGUGCUGGUGUUGCUGGUGUUGCUGGUGUUGCUGGUGUUGCUGCUGGUAAGGUUGCUGCCCUUGCCAUUGCUGGUGCUGUUGCUGGUGUUGGUGCUGGUGCUGGUGCUUAUUUUAUACCUAAUGAUAAAAAGACAGUAACACCAAAUUAA